AUGUCGAAGGGCAUGAGGACAUGCUUUGAAAGACACCCUCCACCCACCUGGGCCAGCUUGCCGAGCUGUGGAACUACGUUUAAGAUGAACCGAAGAGUGAUCUCGACUGCCGGGAUCCCAAGAAAGAACCCUCGACUGCACAGGAAGCCACUUCAGUUCACGAUGCUCAUCAACCCUUGCUCACUUCAGUUUGAUCCCCCUCCAACUGGAUCCGUAAUAGAAUCAAAACACUGUUUGUUGUUCCAUCGAUCGCCAGCUAUGUGGCACUCCUUCGGGUCCGCCUUCCAUCCCGCUUCAGUGUCAGAGUCAGAGUCAACACUCCAAGACGAGCGGCCCGGACAAACUGCCCCUGCUGAUGAGCGAGCACCUGGCCACUGA